CGGAAAAAAUGUUCAUGUUCCUGAUCUACACAGCGAUGUGGCUUGCUUGUUAACGGACUCGUGUAAUGGCAUAUCUUGCUGUUUGACAUCACAUUUAGUCGGACGAUCAUUCGAAGUUGCCGUCGAUUUAGAUCAUUGCGAACAAACACUUCAUCUUAGAAUCGAAAAGCUCGCGUUUGAUCUGCCAAUUGAUAACAUUGAAUUGGGUCAACCGAUACGCUUUUGUUUGUUUGGAGUUGUAUGUCUUGAGCUGAGUAUCAAAGAUCUUGUGAGUUCAGACACUUACAUUGUUUCACUAGACGCCAGCGUAUGUUUCGAAUCCAGCUCUGCAUGUAGUAUUCAGUCAACAAUUUUCGAGUCAACACUUCUACCAAAACAAGCAUGCUCAAGACAGAUUCCUAAUCCCAUACAAGCUUUUGACCUCACAACUUGGCUGAAUAGCAAAGCAAUACCAGUUGAUUUUCCCUUGCAUACGUAUAUAAUUCAGGACCUUUUCAACGCAAUUGGUCUGUCGAAUUAUUUAGAAGAAAAUACAUGUACCUUCGGUAAUACAACCGCAUCCUGCAGAUCAGAAUGUUUGCUUCCGAUUGAAACACCAUUUGACGAUGAAACAUCAUCGUGUCAAAUACAAGCUUCGUGCACUAGUAUUGAUGUAUGCACAUACGUGGAAGUAGCAAAUCAAAACAUGCAUAUAUAUCUGCAUUUGGAUGCAUGUAAACAAAUUAUGUUUGUUGGAAUAGAACAUUUCAAUUUCACCAUCUCGUUUGGGGAUAUACUGUGGGGUCAAGAAAAUAUUGUCAGUUUGCGGGAUGUGCUUAUUAUACGAUACAAACUGACACAUCUACCUGUGACGAAUGCCUUCGUUGUUGAUCUCAGCGCCCACAUAUGCAUGCAAAACAAAAAUUGUGAACAAAAUGUUACAAUCCUGGAUAAUACAGAACUGCCAAUUUUACCUUGCACAUGGAACCAAGACUUUGCCAAUCAGACAUUUUCUUAUCAAACAUGGCUGGACUCUAAUGGAUACAUAAACACCACAUUGAAUGACGGAAUCAGGAAAGAAUUAUUUGACAGUCUAGGAAUCGGAAGAUAUAUAAACCAGAACAAAUGUUAUCGCUCCAUCUAUCCCUAUGCAAAUUCAGAAUACGGAUGGACAACAGACUGCCAAUCUUACGUCGAACUACCAAAACUAAGUACUAGUGUGACCUGCUUCCUGUCUGACAGCUGUACCGCGGUGAAAUGUUGUUUAGAUAUUGAUAUUCUCCAAUCAAGCAUCGAAUUUGAAUUGGUUAUUGACGCUUGUGAGCAGGAAAUCCACGUCGGCAUUGAAUCGUUACGAACAACCGUGUAUAUGCAGACAUAUGACUAUGGUGCCUCGGAAGCGUUUUACCUUGGAGGAGUUCUGAAAAUGGAUUACAUAAUUGAAAACUUCGAUCGUGGGAGAAAAUAUGCCAUCAGUUUAAACAUCAGCGUAUGUCUUGAGUUUGACGAGCCUUGCUUAACUGAAGUUAUCCUUGAAAGUCACGUGUUUCGUAAAACUGCCUGCGAUUGGAGCAAUGGAUUCAACGUAGAAGGAUUCUCUUUAUACGACUGGAAACGUUUACAGAAUAUUCAGGAACACGAGGCCCUAACACCAACUGAAGCCGACAUUUUAAUGGAUCACUUGGGUUUGGCGCAAUAUCUAAACCAUCCACAGUGCAUAACACAUAAUCAAUGGGAGAACGAUUGCCCAUUAGACAUCCACAUCGGUGCUCCGGUAUCCAACGUGUUUUGCAGUAUUGACUCUACAUGUCUCAACAUUGAUUGCUGCAUAGCGAUUGAAGAAAUAGGGCGAAACUUUAGUGUCUUUGUACAUAUCGAUGAAUGUGAACAGAAAAUAACGUACGGUAUCGAAGGAAUUGAAGAUUCUAAAACCUUCGAAGGUUUUCAUUUUGACCGAACCAAUCAUUUCGAUCUUGAUGGGCUACUUGACGUAAGGUUAUUGGUGUCCAACCAAUUACAUGAACGCAAAUUGUUCUUAUCAUUGUUUGUGGAUGAGUAUCACAACGACACAGAUGUGCCAACACAGGAGUAUGGUUUGAUUCAAAAUGCUUACAUACCAGCAACACACUGCGUAUUCGAGUCUGGGUUCAGAGAUAAAGAAUUUUCGCUGCCCCUAUGGAUGUCAACGCACUUUCCAUCUCAUGUCGGCCAAGAAAUUGAUGAGUAUAUACUGGCAACUCUUUUAGAAGACAUUGGUAUUGCCGACUAUCUCCUACCUCAACAGUGUACGGUGGAAACUUCAAAUGCAAUAGAUACAACUAUUUGUCCAAUUGAUCAACAGCUUCGGUCAAUUUCAUCCAGUGUUUCAUGUGCCCUAAAGGCCAACUGCAUUGGAGUUCACUGCUGUCUGACAUCAACCGAGUUUCAUUUGACGUUCGAUUUUAGUGUUGACAUUGACAAUUGCCGAGAAAAAAUGAUUGUCAGGAUUGAACGUGUAUCAUACACCGUUCUUUUUAAAGAUCUCCUUUGGGGGGAAACCAUGAACUUCGAUCUCGAUGGAAUAUUCAAAAUCAGUGUAUUGGCCGACAUGGUAUGGUCUGAUAAAUUGUUCAAUUUGACGAUAUCCACGAGUGUAUGUACAGACGCCAAUGGAACAUGUAUAGAAGAAAACAUUCUGGAGAAUCAACUUUUACAAGCAACUCCAUGUAGCUGGACAUCAUUGACAGAACUUGAAGGUUUCGACGUUUCCCUAUGGUUGGAAGAAAAUGGAAUAUCAGAUGAUCCAAUUUUAUCGGACACUUAUUCUGACACUCUGAUGUCUGUUUUGGGAAUGUCUGGAUUCUUUCAAACAGUACAGUGCAAUCUGAAAGAAUAUGGACAAACAAACGAUGGCUGGACCUCAGUUUGCGCUAUCAAUCUUGGCCUUUCGAAUUUGCCAUCAACCACAGCGUGUCACUUAGAUGCUACAUGUUCAACAUUCACUUGUUGUGUCAAUACUUCAUAUAUACAAAAGACGUUUGAAUAUCAGCUUGAAAUCGAUUCAUGUGAACAGAAGCUGUUACUUCGUAUUGAAAGGGUCACUGUUGUUCGAUCGUUCAGCGAAAUUGAAUUUGGUCAGUGGGAAUCAUUUCAUCUUAAUGGUGUGUUCCGGUUAACGUAUCUUAUUGAAGACGUUACACAUGCACGAAUGUUUAUAGCAAGCGCAAGAUCAGAAGUAUGCCUUGAUACGAAUGUAUGCAUCCUUGACGAAACCAUACUUUAUGAAGCAAAGAUCCCUUACCGAGCAUGUGAUAUGGAUUCGGAUUACAUUUUAAAUGACUUUUCCCUAAGUUAUUGGAAGGAUGAACAUGGUGUAAAUACAAAUGCGACACUGGACGAGUUCGCAAAAAUAGAACUUCUUGAUGAAUUGGGAAUAACUAUGUAUCUGAAGUCUGAAAACUGCAGCAGUUUGAUACAAAAUGACAACCUUGGAAAAUGGAAAACAGAAUGUCCAUCGGUGAACGAGCUUGACCUCACUUCUCUACCACAAACGAUGUCAUGUACACUCCAUGCAGACUGUCUGUCAAUCGCCUGCUGUAUGAGUUCCGAUGUAAUAGAAAAGUCCGUCUACUAUGCGAUUGCACUGGAUUACUGCAAUCGAGAGCUUACAGUUCAAGUUGAAAAUAUGAAACGUACAUUUUCAGUGUAUGACUAUAAGUUUGGUUCCACAAUGGCUAUGUCUAUUUACUCCGUUCUACGUUUGAGAUGGACCAUGUGGCAUUUAGUAUUACAAGACCAGGUUAUAUUGAAUAUGCAUGUCAUGGAAUGUUUCGAGAACGACGGACCUUGUGACCAGGUUGAGUCCGUGGCAACGCGGCUUAAAUUGCCUUUGCCAGAUUGUUCAUCAGCACAGGAGUUAAAUACGCCCGACUUUAGCUUACGUAGCUGGAAAGCAGACCAUGGAAUCACAGGGAACACGUUAACAGAUUCACAAAAAUUGUUACUCCAAAGAGAUCUUGGCCUAGUUCGUCAUAUGAAUGACGAAAAAUGCGUCGUCCAAACUGAGGAUCAGGGUUACGAACAUGGAUGGAUAUCGGAAUGCCCUUUGGACUUAAACUUGGCAAAUAUCACGGAACAAUACAAUAUAUCCUGCAAGAUUCAAUCUUCAUGCUCCCAAAUACACUGCUGCCUGUACGUUCCAGAGAUGGACAUGUCAUUUACUGCCUUAUUUGAUUUGCAACCCUGUAAUUUAUCGUUAAAGGUUGGAUUUGAAAUGAUGACAAAGGAAAUGAAUAUCAAAGAAAUGACAGGCACUGAAACGGUCCAUAGUCUAAACAGUGUGCUACAUAUGAGGUUAGUCCAUAUUAAAUUAUAA